ACUCAUGCAUUCAAGGUUCGGUUUGUUUGAAGGCAGCCGUGUCGUAGCCCCUCCAACAACUAACGGACUAACACAACCACCCUCACGAAUAAGGGAUGUUGCGAUAGAAACCGGAAGAUACGUCUGUGCAUUCAGCUUGGAUUUUCCGUGCGUUUUCUUGCCUGGAUUAUCGCUUGGAGUGUUUAACGUUGAUGUGAGAUGUGUUUUCUUGAGUGUCUGGUGAACUUUCCAUGCUCAACUGUUGAUAUAGCGAUUAGUGAUUGAACACCUUGGUUUACUGGAUUUUGCGGGUGUGCAAUCAUGAAAAUGUUUGGAACGAGUGUAAACGGGUGCACGUCCAAAAGGAUUACGCUGAAUGCAGUUUUGUUUUUGUUGUGUGUGCAGUUUUUCACUUUUGGAUAUACGUCAACAUCAGAUGAUGAAACCUCAUCCGAGCAAAUCAAAGAUACACAAGAAGGGGAGGAUGUAACCCUAGAAUGCCGAUUUUCCCCCCAAACGUCAAGGGAGACACUCACCUACUAUUGGGCGAAGAAUAACAAGCAAACUCACGACAAUGUAGCUAUAGGGAAUGUACCGUUAGACAAUAAUUAUAGAUUGAAUUACUAUCCAGAGAGAGGAAUCUACGAUCUUUUAAUUUCCAACGCCAGCUAUGAUAGGGAUAAUGGAAAAUUCGAAUGUAAAGUGAAAGCCGGUGGAUCAGGAACCAAUUUGCACGCGCAAAAGUAUAGCUUAACGGUAUUGACGAUUCCACAUACACCUGAAAUAGCACCUGGAUCUCAAGUCACGGUGACUGAAGGAAAACGUCAAGAGUUAACUUGUGCUAGCAAAGGAGGUUCACCCGAUCCCCAGGUCAAAUGGUACAGAGAAGGUUCUCUUUAUCCCCUUGAAGCGUCCUUGAAGAAUGGUGGUUCAAGAGAUCAACCAACAACUGCCACACUUCUGAUAGUCCCUACCAAAGAAGACGAUGGUGCAGUAUUCAGAUGUGAAGUAUGGAAUAGAGCUUUGAAGAGUGACAAGAAACUUGUGUCUACUGUUACUGUCAACGUAAAUUAUUUCCCUAGAGUCGAAGUCGGACCAGAAAACCCUUUGAGAGUAGAGAGAGACUCUCAGACAUCUAUGCAGUGUUCUGUAGAUGCGAAACCUCAAGUCAACAGUGUGAGAUGGAUCAGAAAUGGAAGAGCUAUCAGUACUUCUCCAAACCAUAUUAUUCACAGAGUAAGCAUACAGGAUGCUGGAAAAUACACAUGUAGCGCCGAGAAUGGAUUAGGGAAAGCUGGUGAGAAGGAAAUAAUCCUCGAUGUCCUUUAUGGUCCGAUAGUAACUUUGGAAGCUAAAACGAAGGAAGCAGAGGAAGAUGAACCUGUUCACAUUCAAUGUAAUGUAACAGCCAAUCCGAGUCCUGUAACUAUAGAAUGGAUUAAAGAUGGCAAGCCAGAUUUUCGUCAGAUUGGAGAUGUAUUGAGGUUGGGAAGAGUAAAAGCUGAGGACUCUGGAACUUAUAUUUGCAGGGCUGUGAAUGUUAUUGCCCCCAGCGCAACACCAGUCAGAAGAUCAGAGAAGAUCGGAAAUGCAUCUAUAGCACUGCUUAUAAGACAUAAACCAGGUCGUGCUAGAAUCAUGCCAGAUAAACCCAUCGCAACAGAAGGAUCUACAGUUACUUUAACAUGUACAGCUUCACCUCCCGGAUGGCCGGCACCUCAAUAUCGAUGGUUUAGAAUUGAAAGUAAUGGUCAACCUACCAUUCUUGCUAUGGGAACUAAAUAUACCAUAUCAAACGCGAAUCUAAAUACAGAAGGAGUUUACAACUGUCAAGCAACAAAUGAACUUGGGCCUGGUGAAUUGGCAUCAGUAAACUUGGAAGUUUACCAAGCACCAAGUUUCAAAUAUAAACUGAAGCUUCUUGAAACGAAAAGAGUUGGCGAAGAAAAUUUCAACGUGACUUGUAGCGCUAAAGGGAAACCCAAACCGAUGAUUAGAUGGCUCAAGGAUAACGAAGAGUUAACUGCUGAUGUAAAUAUGUAUGAGGUUAAGACAGAGUUUAUGGAAUCUACAAAUGGAGCCUACAAUGUAGAGAGUACCUUGAAAUUCAACGGUAAAGCGAGACCUGGCGUAAAUCAGUUGCUACCAAGCGACAGAGGAACAUAUAAAUGUGUAAUGGAGAAUGAAGUUAAGCGUUCUGAAUCUGCAAUGAUGCUUAAAAUUGAACAUAAACCCAUCAUACUGCAUCAGUACAAUAAAGUUGCUUAUGAUAUUGGAGAAACUGCAGAAGUUACAUGCAAAGUUCAAGCCUACCCCAAACCAGAGUUCAAGUGGUUCUAUGAACACAAUAUAUCUCCACUUCAUUCUUCAUCUGAAGGUCAUUAUGUAGUAAGGACUAAUGGAGACAACAACGACAUUUACACAAGUACUCUGAGAAUAUCAAAUAUCAAACAGCAAGAUUAUGGUCUAUACAACUGCCAAAUCGUCAACAGUUUAGGACCCAUAGAUUCCAAAAUUAAGCUUCAACCAAAGGGGCCUCCAGAGAAACCCACUAAGUUGACAUCUCUACACACUGGACACAACUUUGUAACAUUGAAUUGGGACGCGGGUUUCAAUGGUGGAAUUUCAAACACAAAAUAUUUUGUGUCCUACAAAAAGGUCAAUGGUGAAGAAGAAAUGAUGAUUGAAGGAUGUGGAAUGGUUCCAAAGGCUAGUGACUGGUCGGAAAUAGACUGUCAACAAAGUAACCCAUGCAAUAUUUCCCAUUUGGAACAACAUCAACAUUAUUUAUUUAAAGUGAAAGCUUUGAACACCAAGGGACACAGUGAUAAUUCACAAGAACUCAGAGUUUCAACACGUGUUGAUAAAUUACCUGGACCUCAAAGAGUUGCCUAUGAGCCAGUAUCUCAUACUCUUUCCAUAAACAUUCCGCCAACCUGCCUUCCUCUAGUUGCUAUUGUUGAACUUGUAAGUACGGAAUCAAGGCCUAACACUGUGUGGCAACAGGUUGACAUCAUUCCUCUGCAAGUCUCUGGCAUUUCUCCUACCUAUAAAGAAAUGAGUUUGGACUAUAUUACCAAAAAAUCUUCUGGAAGAGGUGCACUUGUAGACGAACCCAUAGGUGUGGACGAUUACAACCCACAAAUAAGGGUUAAACUGUGUUUAGAAACACAUCCUGAUCAUUGUGGGGAGUCUAUUUCGGCAGAAUUGGGAUCCGCAUAUAUACGUGAAGCAUCUGUACUAGCAACACCUACCCUCAUUGCAAUUGUGAUUUCUUGCAUAGUUUUCGUUCUUUUUGUUGGCCUACUACUCCUGUUCUGUCGAUGCAAGAAAAACCAAUCGAAAAAAUCGGAAUCAAAGGAUUAUGAAACCGAUUCUGUGCGACCUACAAUAGUUUCUCAGCAAAACCAAGCUCCUCCGCCAUAUUAUCCUUCAUCCGGAAUGGACAAUAAGGCCUUAGAACAUUCCCUAGAUUUGGCUCUCGCUAUGGAAGAUUCCAAAACAGCUUUGUACGCCACUCAGAAUGGCUAUGGUUAUCACGUACCAAGCUCAGAUUCUCAAAGACAAAACAUCAAUAAUGGAGAUUGGGGAAAUAUGGCCUACAUAGAAAACAGUUAUUCCAAUUCUAACAACGGUGGAAGUGUGAACUCUCAGGAUUCUUUAUGGCAAAUGAAAAUGGCUGCCGCUUCUUCCAAUUCAACUAAUCAGCUGCAACAUCAUAUGGAUGUGAACAGACAGAACUCAUAUGGCUAUGAUCCAAUAGCUCAUGGAGGCUAUGGAGCAGUAGAGGAUUACGCUCCUUACCCACAUAUCACAACUCAAAGCAAUCACGGCGAGGAUUACAUGAGAAGUAGCAAUAAUCCUUCCAGACAAGAUUACUGUAGUGACCCUUAUGCAUCUGUACAUAAACCAAAGAAACGAAUGGAUCAGCACAUUGAUUCCCCCUAUCACGAUGUGAGUGGUUUACCAGAUCCAUAUUUGGAGCCAAUGGAAGAUGAGAAACCCCCACAGCACAUGUCACUCAGCUAUGAAGAAAGUUUAGAAAGUGGAUAUUCGACACCAAAUUCACGAACACGCAGGGUCAUCCGCGAAAUAAUUGUUUAAUCCCGCAUUUUCGACUUAAAAUUCGUGUCACUUCACAUAAAAGGAUUGCAGAUCACAAAACCACUUAUAUUGAAGUGUGUUCUCUGGAAAAAUGUAGACUUCAGAUGGUCAUCAUUUUUUAUCUAUCAACAAUUCAUCACAUAAUUCACAAUUAUUAAUGAUAUUUCCAUAAUUUAUUUGUACCUGACACUAAAACUUAUCUACAUAAUCAUUUGAAUCAACUAUUGUUGUGUACACGAGUGACUUUUAUAUGACUGAACAAUUUUCUAAGAGACUUUUAUGUCAUGCCAUUUUACAAGGUGUUUCAGUGAGUUCGAACCGAAAUUAUACUGAAGAAAUUGUAUUGAAAUGUGAUUAUGUCUGCAAUAAGUAUUUGUUGUGCUAUAAUGUUGUUUCUUUCACUUGAAUAUUGACAAUUUUAUUACUUUUCAUGAACAUCUCUAGAGGAAUCUGAAAGUUCCUUGCAGAGUGUGAAAUUUUCAAUUAAUUUGAAAUGUGCCAAAGAAAAGUAAUACAAUAAUCAUAUUUUAUAUAUGUAAUGAUGUACUUAACAAUUUAAUAGUUUUGUUGUAUGUUGUAAGGUAUAUUUUUGUAAAAAUAUCAGUUGCGUAUACAAAACUCUGAAGCUUUGUAUUUAGAACUGAAAAGAAUAAGAUUUCCACUUGAUUCAAUCAACUGCAAAAGUGAAAUUUUGCUGGUUGAACCGACUAUGGAAUUAAAGGAAUACUAUUUAUUGAACCAAUAUGGAUAUUGUGAAAUUUUAAAUUCUAUGUAGAAGAAUAAAAUCUUGAUCUCCACUACAUUGGAAAAAAAUUAAUAACACUAAUUAUUGCUCAAAAUUUUCAAUCAAACAGUGAUCUCAAAAUAUAAUUAUCUGCGUGGAAAGACUAAAAUUUUAUUCUUCUUUUACUAAUGAAUGGUGUGUUGUAUAUUCUAUUGUAUAUAUAGGAACCACUUCGAUCUGUGAAUGUUCAAGCAUCUACAUGUAAGAAUUCUAUACUCAAAUUUUAAAAUUGUAAAUAAAUAAUUAUUUUAUUUGUAUUGAUUUUUUGUAAAUAAAUGUCCAAUGAAUUUUGUA